UGAUUGUUUACAUCGCUCCAUGACAACAUGUAGUCAACACUCAGAUCGAUAAUUUUAAAGGAUCACUAGCAUUCACAAUGCCUCUCAAAACGUGUAUUUUAUGCGAAAAACGGCUCAAAAUACACCAACGCAGUCCUGUAAAUAAACAUGUCGCAAAAUAUUUAAAAAAGAAUUUCCUGAUAGAAACAACACAAGAUCAAUUUAUUUGUGGCAAGUGUAGUCGGCCAGCGUAUUACGCUGCAUCACAUCAACCUUCUUGUGCACAACAACCUUCUUGUGCCUCUACCAGCUCAUUGCCGCCGCAAAAUGUUCUCCCAAACAGUCCUCCUUCAAUCAAAUUGAAUAUUAAAACAACAUCAAAAAGCCAUGCUUAUUGUUUCAUUUGCAAGAAACCUGGACCAAAAUUGAUUGUCGUUCCUACUUCUACAAGGACAGAAACCUUCAUUCAACAUAAUAUUUUAAUAACAGCGGAAAGUAGGUGUUGUCCCGGUCAUUUCAAGCAAAAUGGUACAUCCUAUGAAGAAAAUGUAAUUUCAAAAUUGUCUACAAUAGACAAUGUUUUUUUAAACAGAUCAUCUCUUCUUAAUCUUCUUACUGCAGUUCGAGAGUACUGCGUAUGUUCAAAAAGUAAGAGGCUGUCGUUUGAUGACUUAACAACUUUCAGUGAGGAAGACAUGUUAAAUCUUACCGGCAUUUCGGUGUCAAACUUUUUAGCACUCUUGAAAGCCGUCGAAUUAUCAAUAAGAAACACGCCUGCUAGAACUGUAGCAACUACUAUUGGAAUUUUCUUGUUUAAGUUAAAGUCAGGUCUAUCAAAUAAGGUCCUGUCAACUUUGUUUGACGUUUCAAAAUCAAGCGUCAGAAGAGCCAUACAAACAUCCAGAAAAGUACUUAUGACCGACUUUGUGCCUUUUAAUCUUGCUUUUCACACAUUUCACGCGAAGAUGUAAUAAAUAAACAUACCCGUAAUUUGGCACAACUUCUUUUCACGGAAAAUAAGGAACAAGUCAUCCUCGUUCUCGACGGAACCUACAUCUACAUUCAAAAAAGUGGAAACUUUCAAUUUCAACGGCAAACGUAUAGUAUGCACAAGGGAAGACCAUUAGUUAAACCCAUGGUUAUUGUAACAACAUCAGGAUAUUUUAUUUCCGUAAUCGGUCCAUAUUUGGCCAACAGCAAAAAUAACGACGCAUCAAUUCUGCAUCAUAUAAUUAAAAACAACAUCGAAGAAAUUAAAAACUGGGUCAAGGAAAACGACAUAUUUGUUGUCGACAGAGGCUUCCGUGAUGCCACCUCUCUGCUUGAAGAGCUCGGGAUCCACGCGCAGAUGCCGUCAUUUUUGCCGCGAGGAAGCAAACAACUACCAACUGAUUUGGCAAACUCUUCACGGCUAGUUACAAAGGUAAGAUGGGUAGUUGAAGCGGCUAACGCUAGAAUCAAGCGGUGGAAGUAUUUGGACCACAUCUUGCCAACGAAUCAAGUGCCAUACAUAGGCGACUAUAUUAAAAUUAUUUGUAGUUUAUGUAACAAGUUUCUUCCACCUGUGAGUGCCAACUGUGAAUCGUCUGAAGAUUUUUUAUGUGCGGAAAGGAUGAUGGCCAAACUAAAAGAAGAAAAUAAAUUGCAAAAAUUUGUAGAAGAUAAUAAUCUCCAUCGCCGUAGUAUCAGUAAAUGGUCGUCUGUUAACGAAUCUGUUUCCAACUUUCCUCAACUUGACGAAACAAUGCUUAAACUCCUGACGCUAGGCACCUACCAGUUGAAGCUCUGUCCGUCUUACAUUCAAGAAUAUAUGGGCUCUGAAUGCACAAUCGAUGUGUUCAGAGAAACUUGUGAUCUCAUUCGUGUCCGUCUUCAAAGCCGUCAUAUUUCAUCAAAGACUUAUCAGGUCUGGAUUCAAUAUGACUCAGACCAUGUUAAAGCAUGGUAUUGUCAAUGCCGGGCAGGUGCGCGUACUGUUGGCACGUGUUCGCACGUUGCAUCUGUCAUUUGGUAUUUGUCUGGUUAAUCCGGGCCAAUAAUGAUUGUGGCAUUCAGGACUGGGGCAAAUAUAUUGAUGACGCGUCUCAUGUGCCACAAACUGUGGACACUUCCGACUCCGAGUCAUAUGUCAGUACUGUUGAGGAGUAAAUAAGUCUUUGGAAUAUUUUUGACGGAAUAUAUCGACGACUAAGGUCUUAUUUACUCCUCAAUAUGUCGGUAUUUUCUACUGGUAAAACUAUCUGAAUUAGCUAAAGGCGUAUCUGGACUUUUAACCUGUAAUUGUUUCAACAGUCGGACAUAUUGUAUUAAGCUUUUAUAUAUUAUGUAGCGGAAAGGUACGUAGUAGAAGUUUUAUGGUAAUAAAAAUGUUUAAACCUGGCAAAAUAUACAUUUUCACAAACAGAUCAGACUUAAGUACGGAAUCCGGAUAGUGCAAGCCAUAAUAUCGAUCUUUCAUCAAGGGCGACACAUAACACACGAAGCGAUACACGAUAUUUUGCGCGACAGUCGCGGCGACGCAGGGUAAUUUGCGCGACAGUCGCGGCGACGCGGGAUAAUUUGCGCGACAGUCGCGGCGUCGCACGAGAUAUUCAACGCGAUAUAUCGCUUUAUGGGCUACCUACACAAGGGCGAUGUAUCGUGUUAAAUAUAUCGUGCGUCACUGCGACUGUCGCGCAUAAUAUGGUGCUUCGCCGCGAUUGUCGCGCAAAAAUUCGUGCGUCGCUUCGUGUGUCGCCCUUGAUGAAAGAAGGGCGAGAUUAUAGAUGGAACUAUCCGGAUUCCGUAAUUAAUAGAUACAUAUGUGCGUGUCACUUAUAAGAUUUAUGUGAAACACCCGGUACAUUCGCUUUUAUAGUCCCUUGCCAGCUGUUGUUAAAAGCUUUCGGCUGAUAAAACACGUUCAUCUUUUUGGGAUGAUAGGGAUAUUUAAAUGUAAUAUUGUAUCAUUUUGUUACAUCCGUUGUCUGUGAAGUGAAAAGUAUACACUCAUAGAUUAGACAUUUGUACGUUAUUUGACGUAAUUAAGGUAUAUGCAGAACUGCUUGUGUCAGUAACAUUUUGAUACGCUGAUGCGUUUGUAACGCUGAAGACGUCAAUUAUUGUAUAAAAUACUGUUGUUUAUGAUAUCUAAUACCAUGAAGUGUUGUGCAUUAUAACAAAUUGUUAUCAUAUGCAGGACUGCUUAUGUCAGUAACAUUUUGAUACGUUGAUGCGUUUGUAACGCUGAAGACGUCAAAUCUUGUAUAAAAUACUGUUGUUUAUGAUAUGUAAUACCAUGAGGUAUUGUGCAUUAUAACACAUUAUCAUAUGCAGGACUGCUUAUGUCAGUAACAUUUUGAUACGUUGAUGCGUUUGUAACGCUGAAGACGUCAAAUCUUGUAUAAAAUACUGUUGUUUAUGAUAUGUUAUACCAUAAAGUAUUGUGAAUUAUAACAAAUUGUAAUCAUAAUGUAAUACUGGGUAACUGGUUUAUUAUUUUAAAUUGCCAACCGGAUGCUUGAUGUUAAGCUUGUAUUUAGUAUGUACAUUAUUUGUUUGCAUUCUAAUUAAAAAUCCGUUACCAUAGUAACAUCUUAAUCAUCAAAGAUUCAUUUUUUAUUGCAGUAAUUAAAAAAUUGAAUAAUACAAUAAUUAAGAUAUAUUUUUAAGUUGUUCGGUUUAUGUUGUUUGCCGAUCGAUAUUUACUUUAAAAAGUGACAUAUAUCAUAUACAUUUAAAUUGUUUCCAUGGAAACGGCAAUUGUGGUUUCAAAAAAUAUUAAUUAAAACUUACCUGCAUAUAUUCCGAUCAAUUGGGUAUGCAUUAGGCAAAGUAUGCUGUGCAUGUUAAAUUAUACUUCAUAUUCUUUGAUUUCUUUGACAAAAAAUGUAGAAAAAUGUCAAUGUCUUACUCGUUACCAUGACAACCAACAACUAUUUGUUGCUUUUUUACAACAUGCUGUGUGUAUUCAAUACUCAUGUACAAUUUUAUAAUUUUCAUGAUGACGUAUAAUGUAUAUAUAUACGUUUGCAAUUGAUUUUUAUAUACCAUAACAAAUAUUCUUACGUAUUUAUCAUGUUGCCAUAGCAACCAUAAUAAAGCGAUACUUAUUAUAAAUAUGUUGUUUUCCUAUAUACAAUAGUUUGCCCUAUAAGAUAAAAGUAAAUUCAUUUAAUUCUGAAACAGGGCAUAUUUCAACCCUUCGUGAA